UAUGCGGGCUGUGUUUUAGAGCAGUUGUCUGUUUAUCUCUGUUUAAGAGGAUCGAGUCUGCAACUUUCUGUAAAGAGCAAGUUUCAGUUCGUCACUGACUUGGAUAUCGGAUUUCUCUUCUUUAUAAGGACUUGCAGCUUUGUAGCUAUGAAUUCUGUGGAGACAAGGUUUGCCCACCUGUUACAGCCCAUCCGGGACCUUACAAAAAACUGGGAUGUUGAUCUGGCCACCCAGCUUGGGGAGUACCUAGAAGAGCUGGACCAAAUGACCAUCUCAUUUGAUGGAGGCAAGACAAUGAUGAACUUUGCUGAAGCAGCACUGUUAAUUCAAGGCUCUACAUGCAUCUAUGGCAGAAAGGUUGAACUACUUCACAGUUUGGUGUUUCAAACUUUGGACUGCAUCUCAAACAAAAACCGCAGACGUGACAAGCAAGGCUCUGCAGAUGGCGUAACUGAUGACACCACAGAGAAUGAUCUGGAUGACUGUGAGUUUGAUGUGAUAGGAGAGGAGCCCAGUACUCACAAUGUGGAGAUGAAAGGUGAUCCAGCUGAACCAGUGAAGAUUGUUCGGCUGCCUCCUGAGUCUCUGAUUCCUGUAGAGGCACAUGAAAAACAAAAGUAUCCGCUCCUCAGUAUUAAGGGAGAGGUUCUUGGCAGCUGUAAAGAUUUUCGGAUCAAUAACUUCACCCCAGACACGUUGGGAAUCCUGCGCCUGGGUCUUGGUUCCUCUUGUGUUCAAUUCCACAGAGAGGCUUCAGGUAAUGGACACACAGGACAGGACAGGGCAGAGGCUGUUGGUGCUGUUGAUCAUUAUGAGAAUGAUGAUGAUUGCCAUGGUGGUGAGGAGCUUGCUCAUCUGACAAACAAUGAUAUGGAGGUGGAACCAGAGUCUGACAAGCAUGUUGAGAGACAUCAGGGCCACAGUGUGAAGAGAAUGCUGCGUGAGAGGCCUACAGUGCGUCCGGUUGCUGAAGAGCCCAAGCAGCUACAGGAAACUGUGGAUCCUUGGAAAUGGCAUGACUCCUAUGUGCAUAUAGGAGAAGAUAAACGCCUAAAAACAGGGAAGUGCUACAACGUGCCUGCAGGCCUAGAUGAAUCAGGCAAAAGGAAAAGGAAAGGCAACUCAAAAUUACAGGACUUCUGGGGGUGGUGCACAAGUUCUUAUGAGAGCAUGGACCGCAAGCUUAAGCAUGGACCUUUUUAUCCUGAAUUCAACUACAUCUACCUUGACAAGAUGGGUCAGCAGCUUAAAUUGCGGAAGAAGGUUCUAAGAAAAACGGGUGUGUACCUAUCUGAUGACGUGCUGAGAAGAACUUACUUGGAGCCAGAGAAUCAAGAGGAUAAAGAUGAGGUGGUCCGAGAUCCAGACUUGGAUGGUGAUAACUUCUCAGAUCAUGAAAAUGAGAAUUUGCUUGAAGAUCAUGCACCUGGAGACAUUAUUAGUGAACAUGAUCCAAUUUUCACUGACUCACAGAUGGGCCGGAUUAAUUAUGAGGACUUGCUCAAAAAGAGUGUGGAGUUGUUCCUAGCCAACUCCCAGAAGUACGCUCAGGAGACCACUCUGUCUCGCAGGGUAAAGGAGUGGGAGGACGAGAUCAACCCUCGGCUCUUGGCUCAGGAGGACCGUGAGGUUUUUGACAUUCAUGACUAUGGGGAUCGGAUUGUCCAUGCACUUGGUGCUGUUGGGGUGAGACGAUCGUUUGCAUCGCUUGUCAAAGGCAUGGACAACACAGAAGCCUGUAGAUACAUGCUGGCUUCUCUUCAGCUGGCCAAUGACUACACUGUAGAGAUCGAUAAGAGCCCUGGACUUGAUGAGAGCAUAGACACCGUUCACCUGACAUUACUGACCGAACAGAGGGCACACGAACGCCUCAAAAUCUACAGUGCCCCCCUGGAGCCUGACCUUCCCUGACCUUUCACAAGUCUUCAUCUUGGCUCAUUGUCUGAAUAACACUGCAAAAGGACAUUUAUAUACAUAAUCUAGAACAUACGAGCAAUUCCAUUUGGUCCUUCUGUGUGAAUUUAUUCAGCCUAUAACUAUAAAGUGCACACCAAUAUAACAUUUUGAAAGUAAGGCUUAAGUGCAGUUUUGGGGAAAUAUAGUAAUUUGUGUAUGAGAUGUUCAUUAUGCACGUUUGUAUUAUUUUAAUGUCAUUUGUGUCACUUUCUAAUGGCUCUUGUAUAUUACUAUCUCUUUAAAGCAUUAAAAAAAGUGCACCUGCA